AUGAAGAGAGAGUACCCGAACCCGGUGCAGGCAAGCAGAGGGCAGAAUGCCUUGCUACCAAACCAUUUCCACCUCGCGGGCAAGGUGGUGUACUUCAUUUACUGGCAAUUCUUUUUUGGCGAGCUUGUGCCCAUCAUCAAUUGUCCCAAAUGUGGAAAAGCUGACAAGGUCUGCUCUGAUGGCUGGGUUGGAGUUACAGACAAGAUUCGCCGCGUGUGCGCUGCGGAUGGGCCUGCUUUUCUGUACAGCAAGGUCUUCAGGUGUGGGAAGGGCAAGAAGCCAGGCGAGGGCUGUCCAGGGAAUGGUGGAAAACCCUAUCAGUUUCGCUCUCACGACGAAGGAGUGCUGAGUCAGCUACCAGCUGCGGUGCUAGAGCAGCUCCCAAUCGUCUUCACCCGCGGUGGGGCUAUCGAGCGUAGUUUACUUGAGACCAUGGUCAGGAACGUCGCUAGUAGCGCUUCUGUUGCAGACCAGCAGAAGAUGAUCCGGGAAGCGCACAUGCGCACUUUCACUCAGCAUAAGAACAACUACAUCCAGUAUGCCGCAGCACGUGCAGAGCUUCAGCAGAAGCGAGGCGGAGCGCUCCUUUUUCCCGGGGUGCAGCGGGAGUCUCCUCCUCCCGCUGAUUUUGGAGAGUAUGACGACAAGGAAGGGUAUCGGGGUUGGAUACCAUCGACGUCCUGGAUAGCAGGCGUUAUUCUCGCGUCUUUGAACUCGCGACUUGCGUUCCUUGAACGUCAUCUGGCUGCGGUGGAUGGGGUUUUUUGGCGGGGGGAUCAUACCUUCCAAGCGCCCUCCCGAAUCCGCUCAGCUGAAGGGCGCAAGGACUAUGCGGCCAUCUACUCGAUCAUGAACGAGUGGUCGCAAAUUGUGGGCCAGUGGGCUGUGGGGGACACGUCCUUUGACGAGUAUGUCACGGGCGUGCAGGAUGUUCUCAAGCGCUAUGCUGACCUUGGGUUUCAGCUGCCCAAGUACAUGUGGGUGGAUAACUCACGAACAGUGGCUGCCCAGCUUUAUGAGACCAUCCCCAGUCUAAGCCGAGUUCUAGAGGAUGCCACGCAUGUCAUGCGGCGGAUUUUUGAGACAAUCCCGGAUGCCCACUCUCUCAAAGCCGACUUUUGCCGUGACUACUCGAACGCAAUGUUCAAGAUCCAUCAGCCGGACAAGUGGGCCUUGCGCGAGUUUCUUCUGGCUGGAGGUCCUGGAAGGCGGAAGUGGACACAAGCAGAGGUGGCAGCAAAGCCUGGGAGCUAUUGGCGAGCGCGCUGCCGGCAUACCAUCCCCUCCGCUCAGGAGCUGGUGGACGGCGUUCAAGCCGUCAUGAAGAAGUAUGAGAGGGGGACCUGCGCAGUCAACGGUGACCCUCUCAUCACCGAUGAAGUCCGGGGCGCACAUGAGCUGCAGCUGCAACUCAUGCAAGACGGUUUGCUAAGCGAUCCGCUCAAGGUAGACGAGAUGUACAUUUUGGUGAGCGCCCCCGGCUGCAUGCCCCGCUAUGUCGGUGUGCGGGGCUGCUCCUCCUUGGAGGGCUACCACCGCCAUCUCAACGCGCUUCUGGGAGGAGGCAACUACUCCCCUGAGCUCGCAGGGGCUCUCAUCGCUCUCUUCAACUAUCGGUGGAACUACGAGUGCGCUGUCCGCAACAAGGGGGCAAAAGAUUGGGGAAUGUUCGACCACUGGCUGCUGGAGGAAAUGCAAGACACCUGCGCGGCAAUGGGGUGGCCAAAUCCGUGUCCCGAGUGGAGGCGCGCUCCUCCCACCAAAGAGCGAUUUGGCGUUCAUGCAGGCCCUGUGCCAGUGCGGACAACGGUCUCCGAGGGAGAUGUAGGGGAGGAGCCGGAGUUUCUGGAUCAAGAGGCCAUGGUCGUUGAGACUAUGCUGGAGGAGCAACAGCUGAAGAGCACGCAGGCUGUGGGCGCAAUCAAUGUGCUGCAACCAGGGGCGGCCCCGCUCUCCCGCGAAUCCACCCCCCCCGCCUGCUCCACGCCCCCCGCGCAUGCCUCUCCGCCCCAGCAGCCCGCGGUCAUGCGCGUUGCGCCCAGGCCAGGGGGGCAGCCCGCCUUUCCCUCCUCCCCCGUCCGGGACGGGCAGCCCGCCCUCUCCUCCCCCCUCUUCCAGAACGGGCAGCCCGCGGUCGUGCGCACCGCGCCACAGCCGGAGGGGCAGCCCGCCCCUUCCUUCCCGGCCCCCCAGGACGGGCAGCUCCGCGACGUGCGCACCGCGCCGCAGCCGGGGGGGCAGCCCGCCCUCUCCUCCUCCCCCUUCCAGAACGGGCAGCCCCGCGACGACGGGCAGCCCGGCGACGUGCGCACCGCGACGCAGCCGGAGGGGCAGCCCGCCCCUUGCUUCCCUCCCCCCCAGAACGGGCAACUUUUUGGCGUGCGCACCGCCACGCAGCCGGAGGGGCAGCCCGCCCCUUCCUUCCUUGCCCCCCAGGACGGGCAGCCCCGCGACGUGUGCACCGCGCCGCAGCACGGGGGGCAGCCCGCCCCUUCCUUCCUUGCCCCCCAGGACGGACAACCCGGCGACGUGCGCACCGCGACGCAGCCGGAGGGGCAGCCCGCCCUUUCCUUCCCUCUUGAUCACGACGGGCUGCCCCGGGUCGUGCCCGCCGCGGCGCAACCGGUGGGGCAGCCCUCACAUUCCUUCCCCCCCAGUCUGGACGGGCUUCCCCAAGUCGUGCGCACUGUGGCGCAACCAGGGGGGCAGCCCGCACACUCCUCCCCGCCUUUCCAGGGCGGGCUGCCCUCAGCCAUGCGCGCCACGCCGCCACCGGGGGGGCAGACCUCGCACUUCUUUCCCCCCAGUCGGGACGUGCUGCCCUCAGUCGUGCACUCCUCUAACCCGGCCGGGCUGCCUGAGGUCGUGCACGCUGCGCUGCGACCGGGGGCGCAGCCCGUGCACUUUCCCCACCAAGACGGGCUGCCAAGGACCACGUUACAAGUUGCGGCUCGGGUAGUCCGCCGCGAGAAGCUUGAUAAUGCGAUCCAUCAGAAGAACAUCCCUCUUCUGAAAAAGUACGAGAAGGGCUUGGUCAAAGAAUUCAUUCGGAAAGACUCACUGAACGCGCUUAUCGCUCACAAUACCGCUUCUUUGCAGCAUCCCAACUAUGCACCUUCUACCACCAUCAACCCGUUCGUUGGUGGCAUCCAUCCCUACCCGCCCACCUUUGCUCACAGCACUCC